CGGUCUUUUGUCUUGCUAACGAUAUCAAAUCCGUGCCACCGCCACGGCGCCCCUCUCUCUCUCUCUCUCUCUCUUUCUUAUAGGACAGUCACCUGAACCCUAAUUAUCUAUUCUGGGUAUCGAAAAAGCCCCGAAGCUCUUGAUCUCAUUUCAUUGGAAAAAUGGUUUUCGUCAAGUCUUCAGACAACAAGACACUCUCUUUCCACCUCAACCCCAACACUACCACUCUCUCCGCCCUCAAAUACCAUAUUCACACCCAAUUCCAAAUUCCAAUCUCUCACCAGCGCUUUUUGUUGCCGUCGUUUAAUCCCCUUUAUAAUCCGAGCGACACCCAAAAUUCCGACGAAGUUCUCCUCUCCCAGCUGGGUAUCACCCCCUACUCCACCUUGACUCUGUAUAUACCUUUUCUUGGUGGCACCCAAACUCCAGCGCCGCCAAAGCCCCGUCUUGAUUUCCUAAAUUCCAAGCCUCCUCCCAACUAUGUCGCCGGUCUUGGGCGUGGUGCCACUGGCUUCACCACCCGGUCCGAUAUUGGUCCAGCUCGUGCUGCUCCCGAUCUUCCUGAUCGAUCUGCUACCACCAUUGGAGGAGCAUCUGCUGCCGGCUCUGGAGUCGGCCGUGGCCGCGGAAAAGGAGGCGACGAAGAAGACGAGGAUGAUGGGGAUGAUAAGGGUUACGACGAGAACCAGAAGUUCGAUGAAUUUGAAGGCAACGAUGUCGGGUUGUUUGCUUCGGCUGAAUAUGAUGAGGACGAUAAGGAAGCGGAUGCUGUGUGGGAGGCAAUUGAUAAGAGGAUGGAUUCACGGAGGAAGGACAGGAGGGAGGCAAGAUUGAAGCAGGAGAUCGAGAAGUACCGAGCUUCUAAUCCGAAGAUCACUGAGCAAUUUGCGGAUUUGAAGAGGAAAUUGUACACGUUAUCUGCUCAAGAGUGGGAGAGUAUACCAGACAUCGGUGAUUACUCGUUGAGAAACAAGAAGAGGAGAUUUGAGAGCUUCGUGCCAGUACCCGAUACCCUUCUUGAGAAGGCGAGGCAAGAGCAGGAGCAUGUUACUGCUUUGGAUCCAAAGACCAGAGCUGCUGGUGGAACAGAAACGCCAUGGUCACAGACUCCAGUCACUGACCUUACUGCUGUCGGUGAAGGGAGAGGCACUGUGUUGUCAUUGAAGUUAGAUAGAUUAUCAGAUUCUGUUUCAGGGCUUACUGUGGUGGAUCCAAAAGGAUAUUUGACUGAUUUGAAGAGUAUGAAGAUUACUAGUGAUGCAGAGAUUUCGGAUAUUAAGAAGGCGAGGUUGUUGUUGAAGAGUGUUACUCAGACUAAUCCAAAACACCCGCCUGGUUGGAUUGCUGCUGCAAGGUUGGAAGAGGUGGCUGGGAAGAUUCAGGCAGCAAGGCAGUUGAUACAAAGGGGGUGUGAGGAAUGUCCUAAAAAUGAGGAUGUUUGGCUAGAGGCUUGUAGGCUGGCUAGCCCUGAUGAAGCCAAAGCAGUUAUAGCAAAGGGAGUGAAGAGUAUACCCAAUUCUGUUAAGUUGUGGUUGCAGGCUGCAAAACUGGAACACGAUGAUGUGAAUAAAAGUAGGGUUUUAAGGAAGGGUUUAGAGCACAUUCCUGAUUCAGUUAGGUUGUGGAAAUCCGUUGUGGAGUUGUCUAAUGAGGAGAAUGCUAGAAUUUUACUUCACAGAGCAGUGGAAUGCUGUCCAUUGCACGUGGAGUUGUGGUUGGCAUUGGCCAGAUUGGAGACUUAUGAUAAUGCAAAGAAGGUGUUGAACAGGGCCAGGGAGAAGUUGCCUAAGGAGCCUGCUAUAUGGAUAACUGCAGCCAAGUUGGAGGAGGCAAAUGCUAAUACGUCAAUGGUGGGAAAGAUUAUUGAGAGAGGUAUCAGAGCUUUGCAAAGAGAAGCAGUGGUGAUAGAUAGGGAGGCAUGGAUGAAGGAGGCUGAGGCAGCAGAAAGGGCAGGUUCUGUGGUGACUUGUCAAGCAAUUAUUAAGAACACCAUUGGAAUUGGAGUGGAGGAAGAGGAUAGGAAGAGAACAUGGGUGGCAGAUGCAGAGGAGUGUAAGAAGAGGGGAUCUAUUGAGACUGCUAGAGCUAUUUAUGCUCAUGCGCUAACUGUGUUCUUGACUAAGAAGAGUAUUUGGCUUAAAGCAGCGCAGCUUGAGAAGAGUCAUGGGACAAGGGAGUCACUUGAUGCUUUAUUGCGGAAGGCAGUUACUUAUAGGCCUCAAGCUGAAGUUCUAUGGCUUAUGGGUGCUAAAGAGAAGUGGCUUGCUGGCGAUGUGCCUGCUGCAAGGGCUAUUCUUCAAGAAGCUUAUGCUGCUAUACCGAACUCUGAGGAAAUUUGGCUUGCAGCUUUUAAGCUUGAAUUUGAGAAUCAUGAACCUGAAAGAGCUAGAAUGCUGCUUGCUAAGGCUAGAGAAAGAGGUGGCACAGAAAGAGUGUGGAUGAAGUCUGCCAUUGUUGAAAGAGAGUUGGGCAAUACUGAGGAGGAGAGAAGGUUGCUUGAUGAAGGAUUGAAACGCUUCCCUUCAUUCUUCAAACUGUGGUUGAUGCUUGGGCAGCUUGAGGCACGGCUUGGUCAACUGGAGAAGGCAAAGGAAGCUUACGAGUCAGGUUUGAAGCACUGCCCAAGUUGUAUACCCCUUUGGCUUUCUCUUGCUAACCUUGAAGAGAAAAUGAAUGGGCUGAGUAAAGCACGUGCUGUACUUACCAUGGCAAGGAAGAAGAAUCCUCAAAACCCUGAACUCUGGCUUGCUGCUGUCCGUGCUGAAUCAAGGCAUGCGAAUAAGAAGGAAGCUGAUAUAUUGAUGGCGAAGGCUUUACAGGAGUGUCCUAACAGUGGCAUAUUGUGGGCAGCAUCAAUUGAGAUGGUUCCCCGUCCACAACGCAAAAGCAAGAGUAUGGAUGCCCUCAAGAAAUGUGAUCAUGAUCCUCAUGUUAUUUCUGCUGUGGCCAAGUUGUUCUGGCAUGAUAGGAAGGUUGAUAAAGCUAGAACCUGGCUGAACAGGGCAGUUACUCUUGCUCCAGAUAUUGGGGAUUUCUGGGCUCUAUAUUACAAAUUUGAACUUCAGCAUGGGACUGAGGAAAAUCAGAAGGAUGUUUUAAAGAGGUGCAUCGCUGCCGAACCAAAGCAUGGCGAGAAAUGGCAGGCAAUUUCAAAGGCUGUGGAGAAUGCUCACCAGCAAACAGAAGCUAUUCUGAAGAAAGUUGUGGUUGCACUUGGGAAGGAAGAGAAUGCUGAAAAUAAUAGACAUAAUUGAUUGUAAGCUUGUAGUUGGCUGAGCCUGUCCUUGUUUGGUCGCAGGUAGAUGAUUAGUGGCUUAGCCUCUUACUGCUACUUAUUGUAUUUGCAAUGUGCCUCAUUGUGAGUUUUCCUUGUGUAACAAUUUACCCAACUAUUAUACGUUCGAGGAGGCUGAAAAGGAUGUAGAAGUGCGUGCAUUGGAUUUUAGAAUUGUGAUGAUAAUACUAUUCUGUGCUUUUUCUAUGA